CAAGACGGACGGCACAAUGCUGAAAGUCGUUGGUGCAUCAUGGCAGAAGACGCGUAUAGGGACGUAUAUACUGAUCGGCGCCGGCUUGCUGGUGAUCGGCGCCUUCUUUGUCGGCUAUAUGGAUCGGCCCGAGUACGAUGGGACCUACUGUGCCACCGCCUUCUGGACGAAGAAGGUGGGCUUUCAAAUCGAGAACUGGAAGCAGCAAAACGACCUGGUUAACAUACCCAAGGGUGUGGCUAGGAUAUGCUACAAGGACUCUGUCUAUGAGAAUGGUUGGGCACAAAUCGAGGUGGAAACGCAGCGCAGUUACCCGGAUUGGGUGCAGGCCUAUGCUGCUGGCAUACUGGAGGGCUCGCUGACCUGGAAGAACAUCUACAAUCAAUGGAUCAACACAAUCUCGUCGUCUUGUGAACGCGAUGAGAGCUCGGAAAAGUUUUGCGAGUGGCUGCGCGACCUGGUGACCCGCAACUACGAGCAUCUGAAGCAGCAGGCGGCGGCCAAGGCCGAGCACGAUCAUUACUGGCAUCAGGUGCACUUGGUGCUCAAUCAGCUGGAGGGCAUGGAGACGGGCUAUAUACGUGGAGCCACACGCGCACGCUCCGACCUGGAGGAGGAGAUUCCGUUGUCCGACUUUCUGCUGAUGAAUGCUGCAGCUGAUAUCCAGGAUCUGAAGAUCUACUACGAGAACUAUGUGCUGGCCAGUGGCAAUGGCACCGUGGAGGCGGGCAGCAAGAAUUUCUUCCUGCCCAGCGCCUCGAUGCUGACGAAGCUGCUGCGCCAGGAGGAGUCGCCGCAGAUGCUGCAGCUGCUGUUCGGUCACAGCACGGCGGGCAGCUAUUCGUCCAUGCUGCGCAUCCAGAAGCGCUACAAGUUCCACUAUCACUUCUCGCCCGACACGCGCAGCAAUACGGUGCCCGGGGUGGACAUCACAUUCACUGGCUAUCCGGGCAUCGUGGGCUCCACGGAUGACUUCUAUGUGGUCAAGGGACGGCAGGUGCAGUCCAUUGUGGGCGGCGUUGGCAUCAAGAACGAGAACCUGACCAUGUGGCAGGCAGUGGACGUGGAGAACAUGGUGCCGCUUGUGGCGCGCGUCAUGGCCGCCAAUCGCAUUGCCCAGAACCGACGCACCUGGGCGCGCGCCAUGUCCCGGCAUCCGAUAACGGGCGCCAAGCAAUGGAUCACCGUGGACCUGAACAAGCUGGGCACCCAGGACAACCUGUACCAUGCGCUGGACGCGGACGAGAAGCACGACGAUGCGCCGGUGGCCGUGAAUGAGAAGGACAAUGCCGCCAUCAGCGAGCGCCACGAUCAGCUGAAGAAUAUGGUCUGGAUAGCGGAGCAGCUGCCGGGCCUGAUGUACAGCAAGGAUGUCACGGAGCACUUCCUGCUGGCCGGCAACUCCACCUGGCUGGCCAACGGCGUGCCCUACUUCGAUGAGGUCCUGAAGGCCAGCGGCGGCUCGCGCGAGAACCACAGUGAGGAUCACACAAUGACGGCCGCUGAGGAGGCCGAGCUUACCAAUCUGGAGGCGGUCGAUAAGUAUUUGCGCAAUCACGGCUUUCGCGGCGAUCUGCUGGGAGAUGAGUCAAUUGCCUAUGGCAACAUAGACCUCAAGCUCUUCUCCUACAAUGCGCGGCUCGGCAUGAGCGACUAUCACGCCUUUGCCGGGCCCAUUUUCCUGAGGCUGCAGCAUGCGCACGCCCGUUCGCUGGAGGAGGAGUCCCACGUCCAGGUGGCGGCUGAUCCGGCGGAGCGGGCGGAUCAGGCAGCGCCCGCUGCCAUGGGCGACGAGCGGCUCAGUGUGACCAUAGACGAUGCGGCGGCUCUGGCGGAGCUGGAGCUGAUCACGGAGCGGCGGCCGGUGCGGAACGAUAUGAGGGCCAUUGCGAUGCGAAGGAUUGGCAGCGGCCCGUUCAAAUGGUCGGAGAUGAGCGGCGUGGACGAUGGCAACAAUCACGAGGGCCAUCCCGACGAGUGGAACUUUGACAAGGUGUCGCCCAAGUGGGCGUGGUAGCCUGCCAAAGCUGAAUUAAUCAAACAAAUAGCAAUAGAACGUAUUCCCAAUCGAAUUUCACGAGCGACCCCAACUGCGAAGCAAUAAUUGUACCUAGUUAUGUAAUCUUAGAAUCUUCCCCUGUGUGUUCCUAGCUAUUAAAUCAUCCUCUAAUUCUGUGUUGCGUCCAUAGUCGUAAAUUGUAGUUGUGCCCACGUAACAUAUCAAUGUCAAUUAUUGUCUUCCAGUUGAUAUUUGUUUAAUUAUU